AUGGCUGACAAGCCCAACGGCCUCCAGGCCCUGCGCGAGUCCAAGCCACCCGCGACCGAUACGUUCACCUAUCUCACCAUCAUCGGCGAGGUGCUUUCGCCCGAAAUCUUGCCCGAACUCAACGAAAUUCUCCAGGAUGCCCAGCUCACCCAAGACAUAGGCUGGGACUUGGUCGAGAUGCUCGUACCCGUCCAGGGGAGCGAGCAGUGUCUCGAGACCAUCGCCCAGCUCGGCAACCCGCGCGAGGUCAUCCUGAAGGUCCUCGAGGUCAUGGAAAAGACCGUCCACGAGGCCACCGACGGCGAGGACGACCCCGCGACGACGGCCAUCUUUGUCCACCUGGUCGGCAUGCUGAGCAUCCUGCACAAGCGCUUGAAUGUCGCGCGUCCCUCACGCUUCGUUCACACGACCCUCCAGAGCGUCUAUCGCACUUACCACCCCCGCAACCCCGAAAUGACAGCUGCUGUCAUCGCCCUCGUCCGCUCCCUCUCGGGCGAUAAGCGCCCGCCCCUGCCCACCCGCCAGUCCAGCAACAAGCUCGACACGCCCUUCACCAAGAGCGACCCUACGAAGCAUGCACCCGACCCCGAGGCCGGCCAGAAAGAGCAGCUCGCGCCGACCGAGCCGGACACGACCAAGAGGCUGCUCCAGUCCUUCAUCACCUGCAUAAUCGAGGCCUACGUCAACUGUACGGGCAUGGAGUGGGCAUCACGCCUGUUGGAAUUCUACAACCCAGAGCGUGUCGUGAUCCGCAAGAGCGUCCUGCGCGCCUUUAAAGAGGACGCCGACCUCUUGGCGAGGGACGCUCUGGUUGGUCAGUUGGUUGCACUUGCAGGAGAUCUUGGCCUGAACAGAGUGCAUGCUCUUUCCGUCAAGGACAUCUUCGAGGGGUCCAUCCCCAACAGCCCGCUGGCCAUCGACGCCGACGUCCUCGGCCCCGAUACCAUCAAGCUCUCCACUGGCGGCGUCUGGUGCCUGGUUGCAUACUGGCUCUUCUCGGCCGAGGUCUUUGACGCCGAUUAUGAGCAGGUCCAGAUGACAAUGUUCCCCGACCACCUCAAACUCCUGCAGAACUUCCUCAGCGACGACCCGCAGUCGCGCAUCGUGGGCAACCCUGGCACCACCGAGGCCCUCGUCGUCAUGGGGCUCUGGCUGGAGAACUACAAGCGCAUCUCGCCGUCAGACGGCGACUUCAUGCCCUACCACCACCUCUUGACGCUGGUUUCCGUCUUCCACCCCUCGCUCUCGGUCCGGAACGUCGCCACGACCCUCGCGGGGCUCGUCUUGCACGACGACCCGGAUGACAACGACCGGCUGAAGAUUCUCGAGGACCUCCUCGAGAACUGCAUCUUCUCCGCUCUGCAGGCUUCUGCAGUGACGUGGUUGAGGGAGGAGUUGAUCGUCGCUCAGAAACGCAAGCUCACAAACAGGUUUGCGACAGCAGACGCAAUCGAGGCCCUGCAGUACGCGCUGUUCCCCAACAUGGCAUUCCUCAAGGAGCAGGACGUUCCGGCACUCUGGGAAUAUUGGGUGCAGAACUUCCCCUUCCACCUGCAGGUCGCCAACUUUGCCUACCUUUUGUUCGCCGGCACGAGCUUCCAACAUCUGGUACCGGCCAGCAUGCCCGGGGCCGUGGAGCAACGCUACGUCGAGCCCUUGCAGCACGCCGCGCAGACGUUGCUGACGGCCAUCGAGAAAAAGGAGGUGGACGAUCAGGGACAGGGAGGAGAAGUCCGCCAGCAACUCGAAAUUCUGACGAUGCGGUUAAAGAGUCUACCUUUGCAGUAA